AUGGAUGGCAGACAGCAGACGCAUGCACACUGGGCCUGGUCUCUGCUGGCCAUGGUGCUUGUUGCGGGGGAAGCAGCGGCCGCUGGGACCACGGACAACAGCCCGACGUCCAACAGCCUGGAGGGGGGCGCGGAUGCCAUGGCCUACUGGUGGGGGGAGUGGACCAAGUGGACGGCGUGCUCCCGCAGCUGUGGGGGUGGGGUGAUGUCCCAGGAUCGGCACUGCCUGCAGCAGAGGAGGAAGUCUGUUGUGGAUGCCGGCAACAGGACCUGCACGGGCACGUCCAAACGCUUCCAGCUGUGCAGGGCGCAGGAGUGUCCGCCGGACGGGAGGAGCUUCCGCGAGGAGCAGUGCAUCUCCUUCAACUCCCACGUGUACAACGGGCGGACGUACCAGUGGAAGCCCCUGUACCCCGACGACUACGUGCACAUCUCCAGCAAGCCGUGCGACCUGCACUGCACCACCGUGGACGGCCAGCGGCAGCUGAUGGUGCCCGCCCGUGACGGCACAUCCUGCAAGCUCGCUGACCUGCGAGGGGUUUGCGUGUCUGGAAAAUGUGAGCCCAUCGGCUGUGACGGCCUGCUUUUCUCCACCCACACCCUGGACAAGUGCGGCGUCUGCCAGGGGGACGGGAGCAGCUGCACCCACGUGACUGGCAACUACCGCAAAGGGAACACCCACCUCGGCUACUCUCUGGUGACGCACAUCCCGGCCGGCGCCAGAGAUAUCCAGAUUGUGGAGCGGAAGAAGUCCGCCGACGUCCUGGCCCUUGCAGACGAAGCCGGCUACUUUUUCUUCAAUGGCAACUACAAGGUGGAUAGCCCCAAAAACUUCAACAUCGCAGGCACCGUGGUCAAGUAUCGGCGGCCCAUGGACAUCUACGAGACCGGCAUCGAGUACAUCGUGGCCCAGGGGCCCACCAACCAGGGCCUGAAUGUCAUGGUGUGGAAUCAGAACGGCAGGAGCCCCUCCAUCACCUUCGAGUACACGCUGCUGCAGCCGCCACACGCUCACCGCCUGCAGCCUGUCUACUACAGCUUCUCUGAGCCGGCCUCCGAGAGUGCCGAGAGCCAGGAGCUGGACGGUGCCACCCUUCUGGGCUUUGUGCGCCACAACGGCUCCCUGUACGGCCCGGCCUCCAUGGAACGGCUGGGCCUGGACCACCGGCUGUUCAGCCCCCCGGGGCCAGGGCUCGAGCUGGGCCUGGGCAAGGGUCCGGAGACCAACGAGGUGUGCGAGCGGGCCAGCGGCGGGGCCUGCGAGGGCCCCCCCGGGGGCAAGGGCUUCCGAGACCUCAACACCACCGGGACAGCUCUGUCAGGGGACAAAGACGACCAAGAGAGCGACGUCCACUUCUCCUCCCAGGAGCUCCUCUCGGCCAACGCCAUCUCCGACCGGCUCCUGGGCACAGGCUCGGACUCGAAGGAGCUCACCCUCAACGAGACCGUUAACAGCAUCUUUGGGCAGGGUGCCCCAAGGAGCCCCCUGGCUGACAGCCUCUAUGUGGAUUACGAGGAGAACGAAGGCACCACUGCUUACCUGCUCAACGGGUCCUACCUGGAGCUGAGCAGUGACAGGGUCACCAACACCUCCUCCGAGGCCCCGUUCCCCAACGCCAGUGCCAGCCUCCCCAGUGUGGCCGGGAACAGGACCCACAAGGCCAGAACCAGGCCCAAGGCGCGCAAGCAAGGCGUGAGUCCGGCGGACAUGUACCGGUGGAAGCUGUCAUCCCACGAGCCCUGCAGUGCCACCUGUACCACAGGGGUCAUGUCGACGUAUGCCAUGUGUGUCCGCUAUGAUGGAAUUGAGGUGGAUGACAGCUACUGUGACGCCCUGACACGCCCAGAGCCUGUCCAUGAGUUCUGCGCUGGGAGGGAGUGCCAGCCCAGGUGGGAAACCAGCAGCUGGAGUGAGUGCUCGCGCACCUGUGGAGAGGGGUUCCAGUUCCGCAUCGUGCGCUGCUGGAAGAUGCUGUCACCCGGCUUCGACAGCUCUGUGUACAGCGACCUGUGCGAGGCGGCCGAGGCCGUGCGGCCCGAGGAGCGCAAGACGUGCCGGAACCCGGACUGCGGGCCGCAGUGGGAGAUGUCUGAGUGGUCUGAGUGUCCAGCCAAGUGCGGGGAGCGGAGCGUGGUGACCAGGGACAUCCGCUGCUCAGAGGACGAGAGGCUGUGUGACGCCAACACCCGGCCCGUUGGGGAGAAGAACUGCACGGGCCCGCCCUGCGACCGCCAGUGGACCGUCUCUGAUUGGGGGCCGUGCAGCGGGAGCUGCGGGCAGGGGCGCAUGAUCCGACACGUGUACUGCAAGACCAGCGACGGGCGGGUGGUGCCCGAGUCCCAGUGCCAGGUGGAGACCAAGCCCCUGGCCAUCCACCCCUGCGGGGACAAGAACUGUCCUGCCCACUGGCUGGCCCAGGACUGGGAGCGGUGCAAUACCACCUGUGGGCGGGGCGUGAAGAAGCGGCUGGUGCUGUGCAUGGAGCUGGCCAACGGGAAGCUGCAGACGCGCAGCGGCCCCGAGUGCGGCCUGGCCAAGAAGCCGCCCGAGGAGAGCACGUGUUUCGAGAGGCCUUGCUUCAAGUGGUAUACCAGCCCCUGGUCGGAGUGCACCAAGACCUGUGGGGUGGGCGUGAGGAUGCGGGACGUCAAGUGCUACCAGGGCACCGACAUCGUUAGAGGCUGCGACCCACUGGUGAAGCCCGUUGGCAAGCAGACCUGCGACCUGCAGCCGUGCCCCACGGAGCCCCCUGAUGACAGCUGCCAGGACCAGCCGGGCACCAACUGCGCGCUGGCCAUCAAGGUGAACCUCUGCAGCCACUGGUACUACAGCAAGGCCUGCUGCCGCUCCUGCAGGCCACCCCACUCCUAG